CGUCGUUAUACAUACAAAUUAAAUAAAUACUAUAUGUAGUUUUUACCCCAUAUUAAAAAAAAAAUGAAAUUCAGUGGGUAAUAUUUAGUGCUAAGCAAAGAAUAAGGAGAAAGCUACUGAGAGAGAGAGAGAGAGAGAGGGAGCCAGAGUUGUUUUUCUCUGUAGAAGAAGAAAAAAAGGGAAACUUGAGAGACGAGAAAAAAUCUCUCCGUCUCUUCUCUUUCGAUCGAUUCUGAUCGAUUUUUGGAAUGUUCUUUUGAUCGAUUCGAUUGGAUUCGAUUCGAUUGUAUUUUUAUUUCUUUCUCAUUACUAUUUCUUUCGAUUUUUUUCUUUUAGUUUAAUUGAUCAGCUCUAACCGAAGUGUUUGUUUUGGAUGUUUUGAGUUUUGAUUCAGUGAAAUUUAUCUAACCCAAUCAAAUAUUGGAAUUAGAUUCCAAAAGCCACUAAUUUUUUGAAUUUGUUGAGUUGUUGAGUUGGGAGUACCAAAACCCUCAUUUGGUGGAGGAAGAAAACCCUAAUUUCCGGAUGGCGACGGCCUCAGACGCUUCCUCUGCCCCUAUUCAAGCUCAAAAUUCUCCUAGGGGUCGCCAAUCAAGGAGGUCGUCGGCGGCGCGUGGCGUGCCUUCCCCCUCUGCCUCUCCUCCGUCUCUUCCGAUUUCGGGAAUCGUUGAUCAGGAACAAUUUUUGACUUCCUCUUCUUCUACGUCUUCGGAUUCCUUACCUAUCAAAGAAGCCAACUCAGUGGGAGAUGAUGGUUUGGCCGCGGCGGCAGGUGAAGAUUUUCAGCUUGAAAAUGGUGAAAAUGGUGCUGCCGGAAAGAAGCCAGUGUGGAACAAGCCAUCGAAUGCGGCGGCUGCAGAGGCGGCGGGGGCUGUCAUGGGUGCUGAGUCGUGGCCAGCUCUGGCCGAGUCUGCUCGUGCUUCCCCUAAAUCUCCUUCUACAUAUUCUCUCAAACCUAUCUCUCAUGGAUCAAUCAGUAUCUCACAGGAGGAUUUGACUGGAGGCUCUCUGUCUUCACCAAAAGAAGUUAGUAGUAGUAUCUCAAGUCCAAAUGCAGUUUCAAAUCACGUUAUCUCCUCUCGCCCGAAGCGAGAGUCAAUCAAGCGUAGUAGUGGCAGCAGCUCGAGUCCCCACAUGCCAGCUACGGACAAUUUUUCUCAAGCUCCUCUUGUGCAACAUGGUACAGUAGUCGAUUCGCCGACUCAUAGUACAGGUAAACUUUCAGCUGGAGAACCUUCUAGGGAUAGCAACACAACAAAUAAAGAAGGUGGGCAGAGAGGAGUAUCUUAUAGUGCAAAUGAGACACAACCACAACGUUCUUUUAGAAGGAAUAAUAGUGGCCCACUAACUCGAGGUGAUGGUUCUUACCACCAUGGUGGGCGACGUGAUCAAGAACGUGGUGGAAAACAAGAUUGGGGUCAUCGAAGUUUUAACCAUAGAGAAAGCCAUGGAUCCCAACAACGAACAGGUUCUAGACCUUUCCUACGUGGACCAGCUCCUAAUGCACCUUUUGUUCCCCCACCUCCGGUUGCCGUACGACCUUUUGUUGCACCUGUGGUUUAUACCGAAAUGCAAUCACCUGUAUUUUAUGUGCCCGGGCCUCAUCCAGAUUCACUUAGGCCUAUGUCUAUGGUUCCAAUGCCAUCAAUGUUUUUCUCCAUGCAUGAUCCUCACUUGCCUUCCAAGAUAGUGAAUCAAAUUGAUUAUUAUUUUAGUAACGAGAACUUAGUUAAAGACAUAUUCUUGCGUCAGAAUAUGGAUGGUGAGGGAUGGGUUUCUAUCAAGUUAAUAGCAGGCUUCAAGAAAGUCAUGCAGCUGACAGACAAUAUUCAGCUUAUACUGGAUGUUAUAAAAUCUUCAAAUGCUGUGGAAGUGCAGGGUGAUAAGGUGAGGCGCAAAGGAGAUUGGAUGAAAUGGAUAAUGUCACCUACUCAAACUACUGUAAUGAGUCCUCAAUCAAGUAACAGGUCCAGUCCGAAUAUGCUUGCAGCACAUCUCAACAGUGUUACACUGGAUGAGAAAGCAGCCACGUAGAGAAAGGCAUAUCCCUUGCUGUCGUCUAGAAAUAUGGAAUCAUCGGCACGAUCUACUACGACAGACCAGAUGACGUACACAGCUAUCACAGUGCCGGACUUUUGUUUCUCUGUCUCUCUCUCUCUGCCUCUAUUCCCUCUUCCAUGUUUUUUUUUGUUUUUUUGAGAGAACUUGAUGAAAGAUCAACCAGCAGUUUAUGCUGGAUAUAUUAUUUACCGGGAGAUAGUUGAUUUUGGUCUUAAUAUAUGUGAUGGGAUGAUUUCUAUAGACAAAUAAAAACGCGAAGCUUGGUGAAGAACAAAGGAGGAUAGAAAAUAAUGAACAGGUUUUUAUCUUGGGAUCUAUUUUUUGUUUUUCUUGGGAUUCUUUGUUUGCUAUUUAUUGGCCGACUGUUUUGUUGCGCGAGCAUUUUGUAGGUGGAUAUUACUUAUGUUCCAUGGGUUUCUAUUUCUUGGCCAAAAGGAUGUAUUGCAUUUUUGAGUAAUGAGAAGAUGAUGAGCCGUAUUUCGAA